CCAGCCUGGUCUACCGAGUUCUAGGAUAGCUAGGGCUAAACAGAAACCCUGUCUCAAAAAACAAAAGUUUUUAAAGGCAUAAGAAGAGAACACUUAGGCUGUGAAUAUAUCAGAGGAGCAGGCAAGAUGACCUGGGUAAAGGCCCUUGCCACCACGGUGAAAGACCUGAGUUAAGUCUUUGGGACCCAUAUGGUGGAAAGAGAAAACCAACUUCUGAAAGCUGUCCUCUGACCUCCACCUGCAUUGUGCCGUAUACAUGUGUACACAAAAAGAAACAGGUGUAGUUUAAAAAUCGACAAGGGGGCUUAGUGGUAAAGCACACGUGUGAUUCACACACACAGUCGAGUAAUUGCUAGGCACAGUACUAGGCAACUGUAGUCUGCAACUCAGGAAACUGAGGCAGGAGGAUUUCAACAAGCCUGAGCAACGUUGUGAAAUCUUGUCUCCAAUAAGGGAAGGUCCCAGAUGUUCAAGGUACAAUGGUCAGGGAGCAGGCAGGGCCUGUUGGGGCAGUGGGCUAACCAAAGAGUACUCAAACUGAAAAAGCAGUUUUAACGAGGGAGGUCUCAGCUGCACACUUGGUAAGAGACAGGAAUGGGUGGACCAGUGUGGGACACAAACACCAAGUAUUUAUAUAGUAGAACAAGGAUAUUCCUUGGCUUUGCACGGGGGUCUGGGAGGAGCCAGACUCUGGAGAGGGGUGCUGACCCAGAUGCUAUGCAAACAGGUUCCUGAAAGGUGGGUCUUCCCUCCCCAGGCUUUCAGAAGUCAAAUCCCUCUUAGGUUCCCUCCCCAUCCUGGGUUCCCCGGGAGGCAGCCCAAUGUGAAAAAUAGAGAAGGAAGUUAAAGGGGUGGCUGCCUCUGAUGACAUAGCCAGGCAGUGGCAAAAACCCUGGGAAGACACUUUUCCCCCAUAUAUUUAUGUGUAUAAAUAACUUUGCCUGUGUGUAUGUCCACAUACAUGCAGUACCGAAGGGAUCAGAUCCUCUGGAACUGGAGUUACAGGGAUGGUUGUGAGCUAGGUGGAUGCCAAGACUUGAGACUAGGUUCUUCGCAAGAGUAAUCAAGCUGGUUUUAAAGCUAAUCUCUCCAGCACCAUACAGCUUUAAAACCAGUUUGGUUUGAAACUUUGUUUACCUAAGGAAAGUCUGUUAUAAUAACCACAAGAGGGCGUGCUUUCCCCAGAAUUCUAAAAGCUCAGCAAUGGCUGAUUGCCAAAUAAAAGCCAGUCCCAAAUUCUGCAAUCUGAAUUUUGUUUUUACAAAAUCAAAGUGUUCCUCUCCUAGUGAUAUAUUCUAUCAGUAGCAAAACCACAGGGUGAUGCUGCAGGAACAGAUAGAACAUUUCAAAGUUAAGGUAUUUAGUAUCUAGAUUGCAGGUGACUCUUCUGGAAGGGUUCCAUCACAGGGAGCCAGUAGGUGAAAAGGGGCUAAAUGUAUGUGGAUCGACCCCCUCCUGGAAUAUACCUAACCUUAGGUCAUCAUUACAGUGACUGGUGGACACUCAGAGGCACCCCACACCCCUCUCCAUUUGAAUGCUCAUUCCACUUUCCGUGAUUGCCAAGCUGGAAAGAAUUUGGGAAAGAAAUGGGAAAAGUGUUCUUAGUGGGGGAUUGCCUGAACAGGUCAAAGGCCCACCUGGGCAGGGCGCCAGUCACUUGGCCAAGACGACAGUUUGUGUAGACACCAAAGGGACUCUGUAAGAUCAGUGGCUAUGCACAUGAUCACGAUACCCAGCAAUUAGCAGGAACCAAGUCAUAAGAACUGGUUAUCAGUAUUGAGGAAGGCUGAGUACACGUUCUGCCCAGGGAACUCUGCAGGAAAUGUCUGCAGUGACGUUCAGUGGCCAAAGUCAUCAUGGGACUUGGAAAUACAUCAGACAGACAUGGUUGAGUCAGGCAAGAGUCCAAUUCUCUCUUGGACCUCAAUUUUUAAAAAAUUUCUAACCUUCCUCCAUUCCAGAUAUACUAUGAACAUAUGCACACUUGUGUGUGUGUGUGCAUGAACACGCGCGUGCACAAACAUACACACAACUUCAAAUUCUUUCUGGGUGGUGUUUACCUUUUCCAGAAUCAUUCCCGUUCACCCUGGAUCCUGGCUUACAGUGUCUUCCUUGCCUUGGACAUUUUUUUCUAAUUGGAGGUUGGUGGAAACCAGGGUGCUGGAAACCCAUGCACGUCCUUUGCUCCUGCCCCAAGAGCCUUUUGAAGCCUGGCCUCGAGGGCUCUUAGGAUGCUGGAACAGAAGCAAAUUUGGGAAGGGGGGAUUGCAAAACUAAUGAUCUUGAGUAUUUCUAAGUGACUGUCAUUGUACUACAGCCCACAGCCGAUGUCAGUAGAGGGGAUAGCAGUCUCUGCUCAUGCCAUGGAAGUGUGUGUGUGUGUGUGUGUGUGUGUGUGUGUGUGUGUAGGCUAGACGUCAAUUUUGGGUGUUGUUCCUUAGACACACACACCAAUUUUUUUUAAAACAUUGUCUCUCAUUAGCCUGGAGCUAACCAAUUAUGCUAUCUUGUCCAGCUAGUGAUCCCCAGGGACAUGCCAGACUCCACCUCCCCAGUUCUGGGAUUUCAAGCGCAUGUCAUCUGGCUUUGUGCUGUGUGUGUGUGUGUGUGUGUGUGUGUGUGUGUGUGUGUGUGUGUGUGUGUGUGUGUGUUGGUAGCCAACUCAAGUCCCCAAGCUUAAGUGGCAGGUACUUUACAAAUGAGCCAUCUCCCCAGCCUCCUGAACUGAUUCCUUCUGCCAGGGUUCUCUCCCCAGGUACCUGGGCUGGGUGUGGGGUCGGAUGGGGACAUGAACACAGGACUCUGACUUUCAGACUGUGGCUAGACCCUCUCCUCUCUGAGGUCCAUUCUGCUUUCAAAGGCAUAUGGGCAGCCAUCUCCCCAUUCCUGUCUCCGUAGGUCACUGGAUUCUUCAGUGGGGUUGGCAAGUGGUCCUGAAGCCGCAGGUCCUGUCACGCCAUGCUAGAAGUUGUAGGUCCCUAUGUCUGUCACCCUCUGCUAUUUGGCGGAUAUGAAGUGGUCCGGGAUAGGGUAGUCUGCUGGUCUCACACUCUUCUCCCUGCCUGCGGACCCUGGGGACUUCCAGAUGGGAGGCAGCUCAGACCCACAAGAAGGCAAGCCACCAAGUGGCGUGGCUGCCUACACUUGGUUCUCAGAUUUCCUGCUCAGCCCUCAGCCACUGCCUGGGUCUGCAGGCCCAGCGGAUUGGAAGCCCCCCUCCCUCCGGCUCUGAAGGAGGCUGGGCCAGCCAGGGGGUUAUUUUGGGAGCAGCUUCUGAGAUCCAAUGGCCUUGUUAGGGCAACACUGACCUUUCUAUCCUGGGAGGAAGGCUGGGCUGGAGAAGGGGCGGGGCAGCUGGGCGAUCUGAGCCGCACGCCCACUGGAGUGGAUGAGAAGGGGGCCAGCGGCUGCUUCAGGGUGGGCAGCAGGAAUUCAGCCUUGGCUCGGCUACUAACUCGGGAAUUGCCCCUCUUUGAAAAGACAGGACUCCUCCACUUAUUUCACUUCUUAAAGAGGGCACACAGGAUUCCAUGGAAGCUGGACCUGGGACUCUGUGGCAUCUUGGAGCCUCUUCUGCCGGCUUCCCUUCCAGCUGCAGCCUUGCUGGGAUAACAGAGGGGACCUCCCAGCCAUGGCACUGACCAGCGCCCCCACUGCUGACUUGGUCUUUGGGCUCUUUCAGCCUCUGCAGACUUCUUGCUUUUUCUACCUUUCUGGAGCCCAGUGGUGAGCCUAAGGGCUCAGCCUGAAGGUGCCUGGAGAGCAUCAGGUAUCCCAACGGCCCAAGCUGGAGGACAGGGCCGGGGUCAGGAGUGAGGAUGAGAUGAGCGGGGGCCGCUUUGACUUUGACGAUGGUGGAGCGUACUGUGGGGGCUGGGAGGGGGGGAAGGCACAUGGGCACGGACUGUGCACCGGCCCCAAGGGCCAGGGUGAAUACUCGGGCUCCUGGAAUUUUGGCUUUGAAGUGGCGGGCGUCUACACCUGGCCCAGUGGGAAUACCUUUGAGGGAUACUGGAGCCAGGGCAAACGACAUGGGCUUGGCAUAGAGACCAAGGGACGCUGGCUCUACAAGGGGGAGUGGACGCAUGGCUUCAAGGGGCGCUAUGGAAUCCGGCAGAGCACGAGCAGCGGUGCCAAGUAUGAAGGCACUUGGAACAAUGGCCUACAGGACGGUUAUGGCACGGAGACCUAUGCAGAUGGAGGGACUUACCAAGGCCAGUUCACCAACGGUAUGCGGCAUGGCUACGGCGUGCGCCAAAGUGUGCCCUAUGGGAUGGCAGUGGUGGUGCGCUCCCCGCUGCGCACGUCGCUGUCCUCACUGCGCAGUGAGCACAGCAAUGGCACGGUGGCUCCGGACUCGCCGGCGGCAGAUGGGCCCGUGCUGCCCUCGCCCCCGGUACCGCGAGGUGGCUUCGCGCUCAGCCUGCUAGCCACCGCAGAGGCUGCGCGUCCCCCGGGGCUGUUCACACGUGGCACACUACUGGGUCGGCUGCGACGCUCAGAGUCGCGCACGUCGUUGGGCAGCCAGCGCAGCCGCUUGAGCUUCCUCAAGAGCGAGCUGAGCUCGGGCGCCAGCGAUGCAGCGUCCACCGGCAGCCUGGCCGAGGGGGCCGAGGGCGCCGACGACACGGCUGCGCCCUUCGAAGCCGACAUCGACGCCACCACCACGGAGACCUACAUGGGCGAGUGGAAGAACGACAGGCGCUCAGGCUUUGGCGUGAGUGAGCGCUCUAGUGGCUUGCGCUACGAGGGAGAGUGGCUGGACAACCUGCGCCAUGGCUACGGCCGCACCACGCUGCCAGACGGCCACCGUGAGGAGGGCAAGUACCGCCACAACGUGCUGGUCAAGGGCACCAAGCGCCGCGUGCUGCCGCUCAAGAGCAACAAGGUACGCCAGAAGGUGGAGCAUGGCGUCGAGGGCGCGCAGCGGGCAGCAGCCAUUGCCCGCCAGAAGGCCGAGAUCGCCGCCUCCAGGACAAGCCACGCCAAAGCCAAGGCUGAGGCAUCGGAACAGGCUUCCCUGGCUGCCAACCACGAAUCCAACAUUGCCCGUACGUUGGCCAAGGAGCUGGCCCCAGACUUCUACCAGCCAGGUCCUGAGUAUCAGAAGCGUCGGUUGCUCCAGGAGAUCCUGGAGAACUCAGAAAGCCUGUUGGAACCCCCGGAGCGGGGCGCAGGCGCCGGCCUCCCCGAACGGCCCCGGGAGAGCCCGCAAUUGCAUGAGCGCGAGACCCCGCAGCCUGAGGGAGGACCCCCGUCUCCGGCCGGGACGCCCCCACAACCCAAGAGGCCCCGACCCGGAGCAUCCAAGGACGGCCUGCUGAGUCCGGGCGCCUGGAACGGUGAGCCCGGCGGAGAGGGCAGCCGGCCGGUUACGCCAUCCGAUGGUGCUGGCCGUCGCAGCCCCCGUCCAGCCUCGGAGCACAUGGCCAUCGAGGCACUGCAGCCGCCGCCCGCGCCAUCACGGGAGCCAGAGGUGGCAAUGUACCGUGGCUACCACAGUUAUGCGGUGCGCACCGGCCCUCCCGAGCCCCCGCCCUUGGAGGACGAGCCUGAGCCCGAGGCCUCCGGAUCCAACUCGGUGCCCCCGUCCCCCGCCUCUGCCACCGCCCCAGAGGAGCAUCCCCCUGCACCGCGAAGUCCGGUGCCCGCCAAGCCCGCCACGCUGGAGCCCAAGCCCAUCGUUCCCAAAGCCGAGCCCAAGGCCAAGGCGCGCAAGACAGAGGCCCGAGGGUUGAGCAAGGUCAAGAAGAAGAGUCGUAAGGAGGUGGCACUGGCGGCAGAGGCUGAGGUGGAGGUGGAGGAGGUACCCAACACUGUCCUCAUCUGUAUGGUGAUUCUGCUUAACAUUGGUCUGGCUAUCUUAUUUGUUCACCUCCUGACUUGACCCUCAUCUACCAGGGCCAGGAGUGCCACUGAGGAUGCCAGGACCUGUCUUUCUGCAAUGCCAAGCAGGUGUCCCAGGAGGACUGGACUGUGAACUGAAGCCUUGUUCCACCCACUCCAUGGAUAUUUGAGGAGGCCUCCCUGUGAGCCCUGGGUGCCAGGGUGCCUGAGGAAGAGAAUGUCUAGGUACCCUCCAGCGCGAAGGAUGCCCUGAGAGAAGGACCCUGGUCAUCCCUAGCUUCCGAUCUGCUCCUGUAUCGUCCUCAGCCCUGCCUCGCCUUGCCCUGUCAUCCUUCCCUGGGCUUUUGUGUGUUUUGAGAGAUGCCACCUAAGCAAGAUAUUAAUACAAAUCUCUUCCUCCUAUACAACCUCCAAUCUAGUACUCUGGUUGACGGCUUGAGGUCACCCAGGAAGAUGAGGGGCACAGAAGUCCCUUGGGUAGUGAAGGUGUGAAGACCCUGGGAUGGUGCAGUCCUCCCCAGCCCACAUUGAUCCGGAGUUUAGAGAGCUCUGGAGGGCAGUGUAGGAAAUGGAGAAGCCCAGUCGAAUAUACCAGUGUGCAAUGCUCUGCAUCCUCCCACCAGGCCAGUUGGCCUCCCCGAGGACCAGUGGCAGGGGAGACCUGAGCAUCUGAGCCUUUGGCUGGGAAAUCACCUCCAGGAGUCUGGGUGGGGUGGGAAGAAGGCAAAGCAUGUUGGUGAUGGCCCCUGGUUUUGAGUGUGUCUGGACCUGAGGCUGGAGUUCAUUUGGGGUCACUGAUGUGUCCUGGGUCAUUGUAUAGGAGCCCUAGGCCUGAGAGCUACAGCUACUGUGAUGUAUUAUGAAUUGGCUUAUCUGCUGAGGGAUCAGGGGAGCAUGGUGGGGAAGCCUGUGGAAGGCAAGGGCUACAUCCCUGGUGCAUAUUCUCUGGCAGAGAGAGGCUGGAGAUAAGCAUUAUCCAGGAAGACAGGAGUCAGUCUGGACUCCAGCUGCAGGCUGUGCAAUACUGAAUUGUGCUUGGCAGGUUUACUUGCAUGCACCUCACUUAAAGACGUUUGCACCACACUGCGUGUUUGGGCCCUUGGGCUUGCUGGGUGCAGCAUGGCAGCCUAGGACUUGUGGUCUCCUAUUCCCAUGAGGAUGGAAGGAAAUGGUUCCCAGGGCCCCCCAAGUUUAGGAGGCAAUGGCAUCCAAGCUGAGUUGGAGAAAACUGCUGACACACUCUGACUUCAUUUCUUUGGACCUCUCAGACUUGGGCAUGGAAGCUGGGCCUCCUCCUAGAACAGACAUGAACAUGGAUAUUGGGGGGUCAGCUUCCUUUUCUUCUCAGUCCAUGGGCAUCUUCUCUUUGAGUGUCACGCUGGCUGUCCCCUGCACUGCUGGGGCUUGGUGACUUGGUUGGAAUCACUUUUCUACAGAGAGGAGCCUGCAGAUGUUCCUGUACCAGCCAGUGUGGGCAGGACUGUGCCUCUGGCUGGGUUUUCCUGGAUUCUAGAGAAUGGGGAUGGGUGGGUGGAGGUUUUUUAGGGGUGACAGGACCCAGGCCUUGGAUCUGAGGUCAUUGCCGUACUCUGGGUCUGGUCCAGCCCUGGGGACAAGCUUGUGACUGUCGGAGCUAUCAGGGUUGUUUUAGGAGGUAUGUAUGGUAUGGGAUGGGUUCAGAAUGCCAAGUCUGUGCCAAAAAUAAAUCUGCAUCUUCUCACA